GGCACGUGCUCCGACUGUGCUUCACAGAUGCUAUAUUGGUCAAUCUCAGGCACUGAUUCCGGGCACUUGGCAGGCUAGUUGAAUGUGAAGAUCAGUUACAGACAUGUUUAAAAAUAGCACAUAGUACAAGCCUAUGUGACCUUAAGGCAAGAGUUAUGUUCAAAAAGCUGUCAUCCAUUUGGCAGUCGUACAAGUACCGAUUCGUGCCAUGGAUUGCUUUGAACCUCAAGAAGAGAAUCAUCAGUCCAUGUCAUUUGAGAGAUAAGGCAGUGUUGUAAUACAUACUUUUCCCCCAAAAAAAUUCCAUGCUCUCUUUCUUUUGAAGUUGGAGCAAUAACUCAGUAAUCAUGCCACCACACAAGCCUAUUCUAUCACUGACCGAUACGUGUAUUGAAUGGGUUUUAGCCUGGCUCUGUACUCAUCUGAAUGUACAAGGAUCCCUAAAGGAGCGCCUGCAACAAAGGGAGUACGUCACAACGCAUCUCACUUCCAACAUCAGGCAGAGACUUAUCAACAUUACUUUUCAAAAACAUAUGUAUAAAUGGAGCCUCUCCUUCAAAUGCUUAAUGCUUGAGGUUCUGGGAGACACCAGCACUCAGUGUAUUGACUUCACUGAGGGAGGCUAUGCAUAUGUAGAUGAGGUGUGGCAGUUCUACCGAAGCCUCAAUGUUACCAAGAUAAUCAACCUGACAAGGUUAGGCAUAGUUUGUAAGAUCAGAACAGAAUCAGAUAAAAAGUAUCUACCAGACAUCAACAACACAUUUUAUGGAGCUUUCAAUCAGAUGAAGAAUCUACGUUGGGUGACGCUCAAGGGGGUUGCUAACAAGACUUUCCUCUUAACCUUGGGGAUAAAUUGCCCUCAUCUUGAGCAUCUUAAUGUUGCUCAGUCUCCUAGAAUAGAUGAUGAAGCAAUAGCAAACUUAAUAGUCAGAGACACAUCAUCAGCAGAGAGCCAGAGGUCUGUACAAGUUGGUGUCCAGCAUAUCCCAACAAAUCUUUGUGCAAACAGCUUAAAGAUGAUAUGUGUAAGUGAGACCAAUGUAACUUUAGCGAGUGUUGGAAUUCUCUUGCAUUUUGUCCCCAACCUUGAAUCAUUUGGAGGAGACAUUCAUGCAGGUUCCCUGUGCAAUGUCAUAAAUGACUUGCAUCUUAAGGAAGGUCACAAGUCAUUCAAAUUGCAAGAGCUGUGGGAUGCAAGGAUCCUACCGCAACAAGCCUCUCUUCUGAAGGUGGUGUGUCCUCAGCUCACCCGCCUUGGCACUGAUGCUUCUUCCCUUGGUUCACUGGAAGAUCUUAGCUCCAUCACAUCCCUCACUCUCAGCCUUUAUUACCAAAACUUUGAGAAUGACAUAUAUGACUACCUUCUAGAAAAUGGAGAAAAGCUUAAGGAGCUCAUUCUUGUUGACCACAUUAACUGCUAUCUAGAUCUCUCAUGGUUGACAGAACUCACCCCAAAUUUAGAGCAUCUGGAAGCUACUGUGGGCCUUGAGGAGGAACUGGAGGUACUCAAGUGGCCAUCCCUAAAGACUGCUCGACUGACUAUGGAAUCCUCUAGAGUACUGUUAGCUUUUCUAACUAAUGCAACUGAAGUAAGAGACCUAGACAUUACCUUUGUAAGAGCACCAUACCAAGAGACCUUUGAGUGCAUCAAUGAUGACCUGAUCAUCUGUGCAGUAAUUGAAGAUGGCCUUAAAAAAAUACAAAAGCUAAAGAUCAGUGAGUGUGCCAUUGGCUUGAAGGGAAUAGACUGUCUACUCUUGCACUGCCCCGACCUGUGCUACCUAGCUCCUCUUGCCUUCUGGCAUGGGCUCUAUAAUCAGGACUUGCAUUCCCUCAUGCAGCGAAUCAAGGAGAAUAACUGGCAGCUCAAGCUUAUCAUGCGUACAGACUGGGAAGAUGGCAAGGAACUCCAAGAAGCUUCUAAAGUUCCUUGAUGGUUCAGAUAUAUUGAAAAGAUGUAAUGGGAUAUGUUCAUUUUUGCAACACUCACAGUCAAAGAUAAAGGAUGUAAAUACUGUUAUUGAAAAUAUGAAAUACGUCAUAUCAUUUAUGUUAGCUAUCAUCAGAAUCAUUCUCAUCGUAUUGUAUGAAUUACUACUGUUUCCUGUGUCUUCUUUGGUUUUUGUUUUUCCUGUUUGUAUUUCUUGGCCACUCUAACUGUGGCUCUGUGGUUAGUGUUGUUUUUGUUUUGUUUUUUUGCAUGUUUAUAUAAUAGAGCAGGAUUUACUUCCUGUACAUUUUUUGCUAGAAGAGCAGAUAUUGAGUGGGAGUUUGUUUGUCAGAUUUUUACAUCAAUAGAAAUAUGUGUUGAAAAGCAGUAAUGAUGUGAUGCUUUGUACACUUGUACACUCUUCAACUAUACUGAAAAUAGCAAGAAAUAAUCAUGCAUGAGCUUCGAAUGUAGUGAAAGAAAAAGGCUACAGCAAGUUCUCUUUUACUUGCAGACACGUCACCAUAUCCAAUUCUUGUGAAUGAAGGACAAGACAAGUGGGGCUGUGACAUACUAUAGUAUAUGCAUUCUCUCUCUUUUCUGAAGUGCUUGAUUUUUUUACCUCUGCGGAAAUCUACCAGAAAUA